ACUGUGUCCGGGGAGUGCGGGAUGUCGCUUUUCUACAAGCCUUUACGUCUUGAAGGGAAAAUUUAGCAAGGUCUCAUAGUUGUCUCAGCCGUUGACAAAAAUCAUUAAGGGGUGAAACUGAGCCCAGAGCUACAUAUACAGUUUAUCUUAUCAAAGUGUACAGACAUAAAACAAUCUGAAGGAAAUUCAAGACCACACAACUUACUGACUAAAGUACAUUGUACUGUUUAUAAUAAGAACAAGAGUAUUUGGAGAAAGACCUUUUCUCUACUACAUCAUGAUGGAAGCAGAAGAACACCAACAGCCAUGGAAGACAGCUUUUUAUUCAGAAUUACCUAAAGUGGAACUGCAUGCCCACUUGAAUGGAUCCAUUAGUUCUAAUACCAUGAAGAAACUGAUAGCCAAGAAGCCAGGUCUUAAAAUCCACGAUCAGAUGACUGUGAUUGACAAGGGAAAGAAAAGAACUUUAGAAGAAUGUUUCCAGAUGUUUCAAAUUAUUCAUCAGCUUACUACUAGCCCUGAAGAUAUUUUAAUGGUCACGAAAGAUGUCAUUAAAGAAUUUGCAGAUGAUGGUGUCAAGUACCUGGAACUAAGGAGCACACCCAGAAGAGAAGAUGCUACAGGAAUGACUAAAAAGACUUAUGUGGAAUCUAUACUUGAGGGUAUAAAACAGUCCAAACAAGAAAACAUAGACAUUGAUGUUAGGUAUUUGAUAGCAAUCGACAGAAGAGGUGGCCCUUCAGUAGCCAAGGAGACUGUUAAACUUGCUGAAGAGUUCUUUCUGUCAACUGAGGAUACAGUUCUUGGCCUUGACCUCAGUGGAGACCCGACUGUAGGACAAGCAAAAGACUUCUUGGAACCUCUUUUAGAAGCUAAAAAAGCAGGUCUGAAGUUGGCGUUGCAUCUUUCAGAGAUUCCAAACCAAAAAGAAGAAACACAAGUACUUCUGGAUCUGCUUCCUGACAGAAUUGGGCAUGGGACAUUUCUCAACUCCUCUGAGGGAGGAUCCCUGGAAUUGGUAGACUUUGUGAGGCAACACCAAAUACCACUGGAACUCUGUUUGACCUCAAACAUCAAAAGUCAGACGGUUCCGUCUUAUGACCAGCAUCAUUUCGGAUUCUGGUACAGCAUUGCCCAUCCUUCUGUGAUCUGUACUGAUGAUAAGGGUAUUUUUGCAACACACCUUUCUCAAGAGUACCAGCUGGCUGCUGAAACAUUUAAUCUGACCCAGUAUCAGGUGUGGGAUCUAUCUUAUGAAUCCAUCAACUACAUCUUUGCUUCUGACAGCACCAGGUCUGAACUGAAGAGGAAGUGGAAUCAUCUGAAACCCAAAGUGUUACACUUUUAAGCUGCAGUGAGAUAAACUACUUUUGACUGCACUGCAAUGAGGAUCUUCCUGCCAUAUCCCACUUAGUAAACCGUCCACUGCUCCCUUUGAAGCACAGCAGCCAGGUACCAUGGGCUCCAUCACCAGCACCGUAUUAAUGGUUGGUGUGCAGUAAACAUGUCUUAAACUGACUGCAGACUCUGAGGUCUUACAGAGCUUACCUCUAAGCUGCUUACUGGAAGGGACUUGAAAGCGGCUGCUAACGAAACUCCCCAUUCCACCAGUUCCUCUCCAUUAGUGAUCAUAAAACUUCAGGAAAAUUGAAGAAGUUUCUCAUCAGGAAGAAUUUGGAGUUACUAGUCUAAAUAAGAUGAAGAGAAGGGAAACAGAUUGCCACUAAAACCUUUAAGCUUUGUAGCUUGUGGCAACAGCUCUCUAUAUUUUGUUGUGCUUGUUUUAAUCAGACUCCCUUCAUUUAAGCAUUCCCUGAAACACCAGGCUAUACUGCAUACCAUGGAUUUUUGUGAAUAUCCAGUAGUCAGGGUUAAUCAACUUUGGAUGACCCUAGUGACAGAUAAAGCUAGCUUCUAAGA